AUGAAGUGCUUUGAACGUCUAGUCAAAUCCCACAUCUGUUCCCCUCUACCUGACACCCUGGACCCAUUCCAAUUUGCUUACCAGUCUAACAGAUCUACUGAUGACACCAUUGCAAUGGCCAUUCAUUCUGGCCUGGAACACUUGGAGGGAAGAGACACCUAUAUUCAGCUGCUUCAGACACAGACAGAUGUGCAGCAGAUGAUGCAGGAAAGAAUGAAGAAGAUUGAAGAGAUCCAGCACUCAGUAGAGCUGAGAAAGAGGAACACAGAGGAAGAGAAAUCGUCCAGUGUUGAUCUCUUCACUGAUCUGAUCCGCUCCAUUGAGAGAUGUCAGUCUGAGCUGCUAAAGAUGAUGGAGGAGCAGCAGAAAGCAGCAGAGAAACAGGCUGAAGAUCUCAUUAAAGAGCUGCAGCAGGAAAUCACUGAUCUGAAGAAGAGAAACACUGAGCUGGAGCAGAUCACACACACUGAUGAUCAUCUGCACCUCAUGCAGAAGUUCCCAUCCCUGUGCAGUCGUCCACACAUCAAGAACUGGACUGAGAUCAGGAUCGACUCUGAUGUGAAUGUGCUUCCUAUCAAAAGAGCUUUGAUUCUGCUGAAGAAAACUCUAGAUGAAAAACUCCGUCAGUCUGGGUUGAAGUGUCUACAGAAGUUCGCAGUGGAUGUGACUCUGGAUCCUGAUACAGCACAUCCAUAUCUCAUCCUGUCUGAUGAUGGAAAACAAGUGAGUGAUGGAGAUAUUAAGCAGGACGUCCCAGAAAACCCAAAGAGAUUUCACGACAUUUGUGUUCUGGCAAAGGAAGGAUUCAGUUCAGGGAGAUUUUACUAUGAGGUGCAGGUGAAGGGAAAGACUGAGUGGGAUUUAGGAGUGGCCAGAGAAUCUGUUAACAGGAAGGAAGAGAUCACACUGAUUCCUGAGAAUGGAUUCUGUACUUUGAUUCUGAGGAAUGAGAAUGAGUAUGAAGCUUGUGAUAAUCCACCUGUCUCUUUCUCUCUGAAAGUGAAACUUGAGAAGGUGGGAGUGUUUGUGGAUUAUGAGGAGGGUCUGGUCUCUUUUUAUGACGUGGGUUCCAGCUUUCACAUAUACUCUUUCAUUGGUCAGACUUUUACUGACAAACUCUAUCCACAGUUUAGCCCAUUCUUUAAUAAUGAAGGGAAAAACUCAAACCCACUGAUCAUAACACCUGUUAACAAAUAA